AUGAAGUUUGAAGAUCCCCUUCCGCAUUGCAGCCAUUUUGUGCAUUGGUCUGAGGAGACUGGCAUGCUCCCGGAAGAAUCUGGUGUCGGUCCCGCGCCGCCCCGCCAGCUCUCCCGCAAUUCCUUUCUUAAUAUCCAUUCGUACGGACAACAGCACGCUGAGCCCUCAGGAAAAGUGGACGAGACGAGAACGGAGCAAUGCGGCGGAAUGGGGGAGUUUGUGAGCCUCCACGCUGCACAUUCUGCUGCCACGCUGCUCAUUCUGCUGGCAUUGUCCUCGCUGAUUGUUCCCGCAUUGACAUUUUCCGCUUUCCGCGAAGCCAGCGCAGUCUUUUCCUUUUGUCUCUCGCUCGGUUUCGACGUUGGUAUCUUGUCUACAUCGACAGGGCAGGAUUCCGGGAACAUGCGGGAAGGGGUUACCCGUCUUAGGAGCAGACUCUCUGAUAUACUGUCCCACUGCUCUCAUGCGGAGAACGGAUACUCCGGUCACUCCCCUGCGUAA